CUGUGCGAGGAACCCUAACGAUGCAGGGUCCCUAGAGUAGCCGCCAUCUUCACCAGAAUUAUUUGGAUCAAUGAGAUUGGUCUUCACUUUUGUUGGAGGUCUCGAAGUUCUCGCGAGAAAUAAUUUCCAACCUCCAAAGUUACCCUCGUGUUUUCUUUCAAUAGUUAUAAUGGAAAAAAUGGAGAAGGCACUCAUGGACGACCUCAUAAUAACAGAACAUGCUCAAAGCUCGAGGAGGAAGUUUUCCAUUUACCUGCAAAUAAACAUGCAGGAUCCAUUUCGUAUUGAUGGGUUAAGCUUGAAUCUCUAUCUACGUCUGUCGAGGGAGAAUGGAUUUGUUACAACAUUUGUGCAUAAUCUGAUCGACAGCGGGCGUGCGCACAACCAAGAUGACAACAUCGAAUUGUUCUAUCGAUCAGCGGACGGAAUUUUUUACGAACCUGUGGAGUUGAAUUGAUGUGAACUGGAGAAGAAAAACCAUAAUUAAAAUGAUCUCAUUAUCUCAUUUAUCUCUAUGAAUCUCUACCUAUAAUAAAUGAAUACCAUAAAUAAAUGAAAAUUUUCUAUCGUA